CUUUGGAGACGGAGACGGCGCGUAGAGAAGGUAGUGGAGGCCAGCGAACGACGAACGUAAACAACGCAAACAGGUGAGACGCCGCGGCCCGAAAUCGGCGCCACUCAGCCCGAAUCCCACUCUUUCCAGCCAUCAAAGUCCUUCGCAUGAAAGGUUUUUCAAAUUCGAGCAAGAUGUGCCUUACAGUGGAAAGCAACCAGCAGGCUGCCUACAUCAUCGCCGCCGUCUACCUGGUGUACUACGUACUGUCCGCGCUGUCUUCAGCCAUUGCGUUAAUUACGCUGUCCGGAAGCUUGUGGUUUACCAUUCUGGUGUUGCUAAUUUCCUUGAUAAGCAUUCCGUUCCAGUACUUCCUCUUUGAUGGCGCCAAAAAGAGUGACCCUGUCAAGGUGGACUAUUGGAUCAAGUUCUCGAUGUAUGUUAGUGUGCUGUACCUCCUGGCGAUUCUUAUCAUUCGCGUCAUCAGCCUCAACUUUGACGCCAUCAUCACUGUACUUGCCCUCGUUGCAUUGCUGUACUGCAUUAGGACGAUCAGAGCGUUCUACACGGAACUCGUGGGCGGCACUGCGGCCACAGCACCUACUCAAACUGCCUGAGCAAAACAAAAUUUAAUAGGAUCUGAUUGCCGGUUCAACCGAAUGCACAAACUAAUACUCAAUUAACCAUCUGAGAACACUGAAUGUUUAAUAUUUUUACUUCCUACGAGGAGAUCUUAACUGUAUUUUGUAUUCUUUUUUUUAUAAAUAAUAUACGUGGAGACUAAUUUAACGUA